GCUAGCGGCCGCCACGUGAACACUGAGCGACCGGGCGCCUGCCAGCAGGCCCCAUGGCUUGUGCUGGCGGAAGCGGCGGCGGCGGCGGCACCCGGAGCCUGCUGCAGUUCCUGCGGCUGGUGGGCCAGCUCAAGAGAGUACCACGAACAGGCUGGGUAUACAGAAAUGUUGAGAAGCCAGAAAGUGUAUCCGAUCAUAUGUACAGAAUGGCUAUCAUGGCUUUUGUAACCGAAGAUAAGCAUCUUAAUAAAGACAGAUGCGUCCGACUCGCCCUGGUUCACGAUAUGGCAGAGUGCAUUGUUGGUGAUAUAGCUCCUGCAGAUAACAUCCCUAAAGAAGAAAAACACAGGAGAGAGAAGGAAGCUAUGAAGCAGUUAACCCAGCUGCUAUCAGAAGACGUCAAGAAGGAAAUCUAUGAUCUCUGGGAAGAGUAUGAGAACCAGUCCAGCGCGGAAGCCAAGUUUGUGAAACAACUGGACCAAUGUGAAAUGAUUCUCCAGGCGUUUGAAUAUGAGGACCUGGAGAACACACCUGGGAGGCUUCAGGAAUUCUAUGAUUCAACUGCAGUUUUGUUCCCUCAAGCCAAGACAACAGAAAGAAAGGACAAGAGUUCAUCAUGGAAAAUCAGUCAGUCAGUCCUAAUGACCCUAUGGAAAGGAAAUUUUACAAAGCUUAUUCUUUCACUUUACUUAUAAGAUGGCUCAUACUGGGAAUGUGAUGGACCUGAGUAAUUCAGACACAGCCGACAAGAGUGCAGGGAUGUGGACUAGAUGACCGGAAGCAAGAGUAUGAAACUUUCUGCAAUUAAGAAUAUUUUGUCACCCUACCCUGUUGUUUACAAAUGCCCUUUGCAUAAAAUGUCAUUUGUAUUACCAAGACAGACAAACUAAUCUUUUAUGAAAGACAAAAAGGGCUGACAGAGCAUGGGAAUGUAACAGUUUACUUUGGAUUGUUUUAAUAAGGUUUGCGAUUCUUCUUAUUUGAUAUACUUCAUUACUUCUAUUCAUAUGACAUAUUCAUCAAUAAAAUGAGGAAAUAUGGUCUUCUUUAGGUGGGUGUAGAACUGCUACAAAAGCUAUAGUUAUCAACAGAUGAUUCACUGUCAACCUGGGACAACAUAGCGAACACAGUUUCACAGGAGUUGCUCUGUGCCUUAAUAUUUUCUCAGUGACCUGAAAGAUGAAACAGAAAGCAUUCUCAUUAAGUUUACAGAUGACAUCUAGCUGGAGUAGGAUAAAAUGGUGCCUUGCAAGGACAGGAACUGGAUUUAAAAUGAUCUUGAUGAAUUAGAGAGUUGUUUGGAAGCAAACAGAAUCAACGUGAACAGAGGAAAGGUGACUGUGCAAAUGCCACAUAGCAAAUGCCACAGUCUAAGAAAGGAUGGCAGAGGUAUGCCUCAUAUUUAUAGCACAACAUAAGUCAAAUGUCUGUAGUAUGGUGGGUGUUUUUAAGAGAAUAUCAUAUGAGGAUGUGUGAAUAAGAAUACAGCAUAGCAUUAGUGGACUGACUCACAAGUCUGUCUCUUCACAGACUGCAAUAUUGGCUUCCACUAACUUGUAAGAGGGAUGUGGCAUUUUUGGAGGAGGUUUGGAAAAACAAAGAUGAUUAAAAAAGGAAAAUAGAAAAAAAAAGUUAGAACUAUGAUUAUUUGAGAGGGGGGAAGGAAAGAAGAUGACUUUGUAAUAAAAUGUAUGAAGUUAUGAGAGAAUGAUUAUCAGCUAUUUUCCUUUAAUUUCAUCAACAGAAGAAAAAGGAACAAGGAGACAAUGUUAGAUAUAAGGCUUGUUAAAUACUGAGAAGGUAGAGCAGUUAUAGAUUUACUUUCCACAAAGUUCCUUAUUAUAAAACAGAUACAGGUAGAAUGAGUUAGUUAUAUAGGUCUACCUGAAAGCAGAAGAUGCGCUAGAUAAACCUUCAAGGUUACCUCUGUAAAUGGCAAUGAGAGUGCUAUUAAUUUAUCUCUGUUUAGAAGCACAGGAAAUAAGAGAUGCUAUAAAUGGGACUCAAACACUUAAGAGUAUGUGGGCUUACCAGCAUUUCCUAAAAGCAAAUUAAAAUAGGACUGUUCUUUAUUCUUCUUUUGCUUCUUCAUAUCCCCUUCUCUUUCUAAUGGAAGCCUAAAAAGUACAACUUCCCUUGUAUCAGAACUUCAUUAACAGUAUGUGAAAUCCAUUUGUUUGGGACUAUCUAAAGGUAUUGGUCAAAUGAGAAAUUGACUCUCUGGGUUCCCUUAGCCUUUGCCUCAGCGAGGAGCUGAAAUUAUUGCUACAGAAAUAGAAGACUAUGAAAUGGAACCAAGACUUAAAGAAAAUCCAUCUUAAUCAGAGUAAGGUCUCUCCAAGGAAGGCCAGGCAAUGUAAUAGAUCCCAAGAUACCUACUUAGGUGGCUCAUUCUGAUGAUGAUGAGAAUGGCAACCAAAGAAGGGAAAUUUAGCAUAGUGCCAAUGAUUUUGCUGGUAAAAAGGAUUAAAACAUAAUGUUGAUUUCAUUCUUGGACAUUAUAUACUUAUGUAGUAAAUAAGUACAAAAUGGACCAAUGGAAAAAGGCCUUUUGGGAUAAUUAUCAUUAGCUCCUCUAUGAAGGAAAAGUAUCAGUAAAAUUACAAUCCUAUGUUAUCAAUCUCUCAAAUGCAAGAUCUUAAGUACAAAGUGGAUGAAUGACCAGAAUCAGAAUGUUUUUCUUUAAUAGUAAGAUGCAAUGCAAUUAACAACUGGAAUACACUAUAUAAAUGGCCUUGGGGUAUGGAUCAGAACGCAUAUGUCUGGACUUGCAAUUCAUCAGGGAGCUCCUGGUGUGAAAAUCACUUCUACUUUACAACCUCAAAACUCUUCUGUUGCUUUCAGUCUUAGAAACCUGUCUGGUGCAACUAAGUAUUUAAGGGAUUUGCCCACAGUAAUAUUACUAGUUUGUCAGACUCAAAAACUUACCCUCUCCACUGUAGUUUAUUGCUUUUCUCUGGCACUCUUAACAAGACAUUAAAAAUUAUAUACCACACAUUGUGGCAGAGUGGAACAAACACUGGGUUUGGAGUUGGGAGACCUUUAUUUGAUUGUCAGUUCUGACUUUUCACUAAGGGUAAGUCACUUAACUUAUUAGCUCCAUUUAUAAAAUGGGGAUAAAAGUAUUUAUGGGACUGUUGUGAGGAAAGCAUUUUAUAAAGCAGCAGGGUUAGGUAAAGUUAGGGUUAGGGUAAGGGUUAGGAAGCCAGGAUGGUAGGAGAAGCUUCUCAAGGGAUACAGGCAAUAAUUAGGAAAUAACUAUUACCUACUGAAAUGGAUCUAUUUUUUUUCUUAUGUGCAUAGAAUUUAUUUCAUUAUCUAAGAGACUGAUACAUGGGAAGGUUUACUGAAAGCCAUGGGGAACUAAGACCAAAAAGGUAAUAUAAGAACGUAUGUAAGAUACUUAUAUACAAUUGUUUACAUAUUGAAUUUAGUUCAUCUUUAAAAGAGCUCACAUGUGUAUUCUUCUAAGGGGUUUUCUUGCUUUCCUUUUUUGUUCUGCAAAAUGGGGCAACACAUCUACACUCACACAUUCCAGACACUUCACUUUGAUCAGGGCUGAAUUUAGUCAACAUUACAAAAGAACGUACUCUGAUCUAGUUAUGUUGUUCUACCACCUUGUCCAAAACUUGAUCAAUAUAGGAAGAGGGUGACUUGGGGUACCUGAUAGAAUGGGGACACAUAGCAGCAACAAGCUAGUUCAUGUCUAUUUGUCACUGCACUAAAAAAAAGAGCUUUGAGGUGUUUCCCCCUCCCCAUUGCAGAUUUCUAAAAAUCUAGAUUUCUAUAUCCUUUAUCCUGUUCCUAUAUUCAAGUAUUCCCUUUGUAUAUGGAGCAUCCUGGAGAGUAAUCCAAGAAAAAGAGGUGAUAUCAAGAAUGAAAACCCUAACUACAAUUAAAAGAACAGUUUGGUGCUCAGUAUCUCACCCAUACUUCAAGAACUGUUUGGUGCUGGUCCAUAUUAACAUUACCUGUACAUUCAAGAAACAAGGUCUGGAUUACAGCAGCCCUGCCCUCAUGCUGCAUGGCAUCCUGGCUGGUAUAGUAUAGGGUGCCUGCCUGCUUUGGCAUGAGUGGCACCAAUGACUGAGCUGUCCCCACCUAAUGGACUCAUUCACAUGAUUUAGCACUUAAU